AUGGCAGAGGACGAGGUUAACUACGCAUCAGUUGUAUUUAAAUCUAACCAACAACAAAAAUCAGAAGGUAAGUUAAUUAAAAAGGAGGAAACAGUGUAUGACAAAGUAAAGGUGCAAAAUAAGGCAACAGAACAAACUCCUGUCACAAAUGCCUCUGCAGAAUUCUUGCCCGACAAGAAAUCAAACCACAGAUGUCGCCACUAUCAGCAGUUGGCUUGUUGUUUGGGCACGCUUUGUAUAAUUUUGGUGUUGGUCAUCAUAGCAGUCGGUGUCUACCAUGUCACAUCAAUUUAUGAGAAUGAUGAAACUGAGCUGAACCAACUGAAAGAAAACCAAACAACUUUAAAUGCUGUCAAUCGUAACCUGACAAAACUCAACAACAAACUCAGCUCAGACAAUGAAGACUUGAAGAGGAACCAAACCCAGCUCACACUCCAGAUGAACAACCUGACUCAAACCUUUAAUGUCUUAGAUAAAGAGGUGACAAACCUGACAAAAGAAAACCGGAACCUUAAAGAUAAAAAUAAGGAGCUGAAGACUCAGAAUAAGGACCUGGAGGCAGAGAAGAAAAACCUAACAGAAACAGAAAUACAAAACCUGACAACAUCAUCGAAUGAGCACAAUGUUAGUCGAGCUCAGUGGAGCAUUGAUGCCUACUGUCCCCAAGAAAAUAACAACAGAAAGUGUAAGGCUUGUCAGAAGGGCUGGGAAUUAAAUUCCAGCUGCUAUGCAACUAAUAAUGCUGACCAAGGUGAAAGGAAAACCUGGGAAGAAGCUCGAAAAGACUGCAGAGGAAAGAUUUCAGAUUUGGCUGUUGCAAUUAAUGAAGAAGAAACGAAAAUUAUUUGUGAAAAGAGUUGGCAAAAAAAUGAAAACACAGGAUACUGGAUUGGCCUGAGAGUUGAAGAUGGGAAAUGGAAGUGGCUGGAUGGAAGGGAUCUAACUAAUAACUCCUGGAUCGACCAGUCAUCUCCUUCUGAUGGUCACUGUGCAAUCUCUCUCCAAAACCAAGGAUUUAAAUCAGUGAGCUGUGAUGAGAAGAACCGAUGGAUCUGCAAGAAGAAAGCUUUGUCUGUUUGAAUGCUGCAAAGUAAAUACUUCAGAAGACUACUGGAUAUUCAGAAACUAC